GCGCAACGAGGUGUCCAACAUCAUGGUGCUACGUGCGUUCUGGAACAUCGGCGCUGGGUUGGUGUAUCGGCUGGCGAACAAGCAGUCGAUGGGCAAAGGAGUCAUGGGCGUGAGCUAUCCGUCCGUGUGGAAGGGGAGAGCGGGACUGCUUGACUGCGAUGUCAAUCUCCACCUUAAUAAUGCGUCUUUCCUCUACAACAUGGAGCUCGCGCGUUGGCACCUUACCGCUGCCAAUGGCAUCUUGUGGCAGGCAAUCAAGAACCGCCGCAUGGUCCUCGUGGGCUCGCAGGCUGUUCGCUAUCGCCAUGCCAUCCCUCCUUUCCACGCGUACGAGAUCAAGACGCAGGUGAUAUACUGGGACGACGACUGGAUCUACCUGUUGCAUCGCUUCCAGGACCCCACGACUGGAAAGCAGUUCGCGGAAGGGCUCGUGCGUGGCGUCAUAAUGAAAGGCCGUCGUCGGGUAUCUGCGAAUAAGCUUUUUGCAGAAGUGAGUGACGGCGAGAUGAUUGAAGCACCGAACGAGAUACCCGAAGUGGUGAAAAGCUUUUUACAGUGGGACAGUGCGUGCAAUGUCAGUAUGCGAGAUGCUGGUCAGAAGGCCGAGCUGGAACUGGAGUCAAGCCCGCCUUCGCCCCCGCCCGAGAAGGUCAGCGCUCGCAUCUGGCAGGAAAUGAAGAGGUCCAUGAACUUGCCGUAG